AAUUGCUGAUUGUUGCAGAGUACAAAGUUUAUACAAAAAUGCAGAGUAUCGGACGUUUACAAGGGCAGCGCGCAUUUGCUCGCUGCCCACGCAAUUCUUCUCGCAGCCUACGCCUUAGGGUUAAUGCCGCUGGCAGUACAUAUGGAAACAACUUUCGUGUAACUACCUUUGGCGAGUCGCACGGCAAGGGCGUCGGCUGCGUUAUCGAUGGCGUGCCGCCGCGUCUGCCUAUCACCGAGGAUGAAAUUCAGCUGGAGCUUGACCGCCGGAAGCCGGGGCAAAGCAUCAUCACAACUCCCCGAAAGGAGGAUGACAUUGCGGAGAUCCUUUCGGGCGUUGUGGACGGUGUGACACUAGGAACACCAAUUGCCAUCGUCGUCCGCAACAAGGACCAAAAGUCGCAAGACUACUCGGAAAUGUCGGUGGCUUACCGACCAAGCCAUGCCGACGCGACAUACGACUUCAAGUAUGGAAUCCGCGCGGUUGCGGGUGGUGGUCGCAGCUCAGCACGUGAGACCAUCGGCCGCGUUGCCGCGGGCGCAGUUGCCAAGAAGCUCCUUAAAGUGGUCGCAGACACGGAGGUUCUAGCCUUCGUAAGCAAGGUUCGCGACAUCGAGUCGCAGGUGGACCUGGGCUCCUUCAGCCUGGCGGACGUGGAGUCCAACAUCGUGCGCUGCCCGGACCAGCAGGCGGCGGCAAAGAUGAUUGAUGCCAUCAACGAGGUGCGUGUGCGCGGCGAGAGCUGCGGCGGCGAGGUGACGUGCGUGGUGCGGCGCUGCCCGCGCGGCCUGGGCGCCCCCGUGUUCGACAAGCUGGAGGCGGAGCUGGCCAAGGCCAUGCUCAGCCUGCCCGCGACAAAGGGUUUUGAGAUCGGCAGCGGCUUCCGCGGUGCCGCCAUGCUGGGCUCGGAGCACAACGACGAGUUCUACAUUGACGAGCAGGGCAGGGUCCGCACCCGCACCAACCGCAGCGGCGGUGUGCAGGGAGGGCUGAGCAACGGCGAGGACAUUGUCAUCCGCGUGGCCUUCAAGCCCACCUCCACCAUCUCCAUCAAGCAGCGCACCGUCACGCGGGAGGGCACGGAGACGGAGCUGCGGGCGCGAGGGCGGCAUGACCCCUGCGUGGUGCCGCGUGCCGUACCCAUGGUUGAGUCCAUGGUUGCUCUGGUGCUGGCGGACCAGCUGCUGCAGCACGUGGCGCAGUGCGAGCUGCUGCCGCGGGAGGGG